CCGCCGCCGCCGCCCGCCCCGCGCUGCCCGCACGCAAAAUGGCCGCCGGCGGCCGAGGCGGGCCCGGGCGCUGAGCGACGCUGAGCCCCGCUAAUGGCGAGCCGGGAGGGGCGGCACCUCCGGGGUCGUGCGGCUUCCACUUCUGCUUCCUGCCGGGGCGCGUUUGAAUGUGUGGGGGGUGGUCAGACAAGGCUGCACAAAGGUAGAUGCCAGUUUGCAAUGAGUCUUAAAACCUUCUGGAAGGACAACAAAGUUCUGAUUAUUAUGGGAACUGGCCUGGGGCUAGUGCACUGGGGCUGGUAUUACUUGAAGUCCAGUCCUAUUUUCCAAGUGAAGACAGAGAAUUUUGUUCAAGAACCUGGGAUUCUGACGUUCAUGAUGCAAAGCGAACGCAAAAAUAAAGAAAAAUAGCAUUAGUACUUUGAUUUUUGGGUAUAACUAAGCUUGAAGAUUUUCAUCUGUGACUGUUGCCAGAAAAGAUGAAGAAAACUACCUGGAAUAGAAAGAACUUUCUGCUUGUAGCAGGACUGUCACUUAUAGGUGUCCAUUUGGGAAGCAUGGUUGUAAACUAUGUUGCAAAAAAGUCUGCUCAAUCUCAAUCAGAAGCUAAGAGAUCAUCCUGAAUGAAAUAGCUUCCUGCUGUCACUAUUUAUCAGUUUUGUAACAUGAUUAAAGCCUUGUUUUAAGAGCUCUGUCAUGAGUAGUUUCAGGAAUGUUAUAUAUACUGUUUCACACUGAAAAUAAUAAUCCUUACCAGCAAAGAAUUAAAAUGUACUACUCUUAAAAGUGCAAUGAAUUAUUGAUCCAAGUAAAAAUGAAAUGUUUUGUUGGCUAGAAUUAAAACCUUACCUUCAAAAUGUCUCGCCUUGAAGCUAAAAAGCCUCCGUUAUUUAUUAGCGAGCCUUUAACUGGAGAUGCAGUGAGUCAGUCACUGUCUCUGCUGAGUGGAAUAUUAAAAUCUUCCUACGGUCCAGCUGGUCGGCUCAAGCAGCUCCACAAUGGUGUGGGGGGCUGUGUUUGUGCCACUUCCCAAUCCUCAGCCCUCCUGGGGCACCUUUCCAUCAGCCAGCCCGUGCUGCGUGUGCUGACAGCCUCCGUCCGGAACCACGUGUCACGGUUCAGCGACUGUGGCUUGUUCACUGCCAUCCUUUGCUGUGGCUUCAUUGAAAAUUUCAGGAGCCUGAAUGUUGCACCUUUUACUGUCGUUAAAAUUAGCAAGCAUCUUCUGAGUCUGUGCAUGGACCACCUGAAAUCUGAGGCUUGUGGGUGCCGGGUGUCUGUGGAUUUUAGCAGUGUUGGGACUCUUGUUUGUUUGGUUCGUAGCAUUUUAACAAGCAAACCUGCUUGCAUGCUUAAUAAAACUGAAGUUGAUCAUCU